AUGGCGAGGAAAUGCUCAGCUCAAGGGCUGAAGAAAGGCAAGCAAAUGCAGUUCCUCCCUGUGAAUCAAGCAGAUCUAAAGGAAGUAGAACAAGCAGAGGAGAAAGCAGAUCUCAUUCUUAACGACCAAGCAGACCAGAAAGGAAAAGGAAUAACUACUCCCCAAUAG